AUGGCAGAACUAGCACAAGCCCAGCAGGAAGAUGAUGAGCUAAAUACCCUGUUGAGUGACGACAAAACGUCGUUGAAGUUACAGCUAGUUUACUUGUCCAGGGAAGACGUACGACUACAUUGUGAUGUACAACAUGAGUUGAUCUACGGAGAAACAAUACAUCUGCCCAGAGAGUUUGCUGAUGACUCAGGGGUACCGAAUGCAGAUGACCAGUCAGAAUAUUUACAAGGAUUGACAGAAAUGAUCAAGAAAAUCAAACCUGCAAAAGCAUCCAGACAUGGAGCCCCGGUAACAUUCAUGCACAACGAUUUAAAAACUUGCAUGCAUGUAUUGUUACACACAGAUGUUGUCAAACCACCACUGCAACCGCCAUACACUGGACCUCAUUGCAUGAUACACAGAGAUGCACACACCCUAGACAUAGUACUGAAUGGGAAACAAGCCACCGUAUCACUAAGUAGAGUGAAACCUGCUUAUAUACUUCAAGACACUCCGGCAAUGUCAGCGUCGUGCAGCAAUCAGCACAAGACAACAAUGCAGAACCCCACUCCGCUACCUCCGCAGUCAAUAAAGUAG